GAAGAAGAGGGAGCAGUGAGUGAGUGGCAGUGCUGUCCGUAGCAAGCGAGGAAAUAAAAGGAGAUACUCUUGGAGAUACUGUAUGUAUUUUCUGCUACUGCUCACCCACUCAAGAGAUCAGAAAAAUAGAGCAAGUCUCACAGUGAAGAAGAGUAUUCUGCUGGCAGACAUGUCGUAAGGGGCACCCCAGUCUUCUCAAUUUUGAAUUUUGAAGAAAGAGAGGGAGACACUUUACAACUUAAUGCUCGAAAGUUUAACUGCAGAAUGAGAAGAUAUGUACUGGUCCUCUGUACGGUGCUCUGCAUACACCUGGUGUUUUACGGUAACAUUUAUAUGUGCUCCCAAACUAACUUAGACAAGCCAGGAAAUCUGAGCUGCCUAACAAAUUAUGCCGAUCGUAUAAGCUGCAUCUGGUACAAAGGAUCAUAUUCUGGAAAUGGGCCAUUCUUUAUCACUCUGGAAGAAAAUGAUGUUGAUGAUGAUUAUGAGUAUGAUGAAGCUUCCAGAAAAUGUCAUCUUGUAUCCAGCCGAGACGCCAAGAGUUUUAGCUGCAAUUUAAGCUAUUUAGUGCCCUUCGACAUGGAUGAUUAUAAAAUAGAAGUACAAGGUCCAUCCUCAGAAAUUCUUGCAACUAUUGAAAGCUUUGUGCCAAUCUGUAACAUCAAGCUGGACCCACCUUCCGAUCUCUCCUACAAUUUCACUGGCACUGCUUAUAACCUAACGUGGCGAGGAAAUACCGACUUUGUCACCGGGACCAGAAUACAUUAUCAAUUAAAGCUUAAGCGAGAAGCAUCCAGGCAGGAAACUCUAAAGAAAUCAAUCUAUGACAAAUAUGUGGAGUUGUUGGUAUCAGAGUUCGAUGAAGGCUCCAACUAUAUUCAGAUUCGCUGUAUUACAGAAGAUCAGGAAGAUUUCAAAAGCCUUUGGAGCGAGUGGAGUUCAGAGCUUAAGAUUGAAAAGGAAGUAGAACUACACGUGUCGCAAAACCAAGACAUCAUUCAUAUCAUCACCAUAGUAACCCUGCUUACAAUAACGCCUGUUUUGCUGUUCCUGGUUUUACGCUCCAACCUUUCUUCUAGAAUAAACGUUUCUUUUUCGAAGAAAAUUCCAACAGCAGCUAAUUUUUUUCAUCCUCUAUAUCACAUACAUAAUGGAAAUUUCCAGGAUUGGACUAAAUAUCCAAAGAAAUGUAAGGAAAAUAAGAAAGGUGGAGAGCACGAUUUCCCCCAGGACAUAGACCUCUACAGUACCACUGUACUGUAUGUUCAGAAAGAAGUUGUAUCCAAUGUGAGACUUGAAUCUCCACUAUCUAAAGAUGACAUCUCACUGGAACAUGACACCAGUAACUCCAUGUCUUGGAGUGAUCUGCUGGUGGAGAAAGAAUUAUCUUUUAAUGGAAUGUAUCCCCCGUUCUUUAGCAGUUUCCCUAGUUUUAGCAACGACAUCAUCAAUGACGCUGUUUGCAGUUUGGAUUGUCCAACAGACUACUUCUCCUAUGAUGGAAACUACAUUCCAAAUUCUCAAGACAUCGUUGAGUAAUUGCAUUUAUCUUAGCUACCUUUAUCUCUGACAAACUUUCUACAGUAUCUGAUUAGCACUAAUCAGAUCAAAUGGCAUCGGAUGAACUAUGACUUGGAAUAGUGUCAUGAGUAAUCGGGUGACAUUUCUAAGUACAACAACCAUUUUUGUCCAGGAGGGGCCCUUGCUGUAUGCACUGCCCAUCAGAACCAUACAUAUGGUGUACCGUGACGUGCACAAACUAUGAAGCAAUAUACAAUAAAUACUACAUUCACUGUG